AAUAGACCCAGAAGUGCCUUGUAGACGUUGGCGGCACGCUGCUAUAGUCCUUGGCUCGGUAAAAUAGAUCGAAUCCAAUAAGGGUAUCUUCUAAAUAUAACGUUCGCUGCUGAACCUGGUCACAGGAUCUAAUAGUUUGUGGUACUUGAGCUAGAGAACUAACCAAUCAGUGAUCAGCGCAAGAAUAGUGCGCCAUGUCCCUGACCUGCUUCAUCAGUAAUGAGGUCACCGACCGUCCCUGUGUGUCACCUAUCUCGGGUCAUGUAUUUGAUCGUCGUCUCAUUGAGAAAUAUUUGGCUGAAAAUGGAACAGAUCCGGUGACAAAUCAGCCACUGAGUGAGGAUCAGCUGAUUGACCUCAAAGUUGCUCACCCAAUUCGGCCCAAACCACCAUCUGCAACCAGUAUUCCAGCCAUCUUGAAGUCUUUGCAGGAUGAAUGGGAUGCAGUGAUGCUCCACAGUUUCACUUUGCGCCAGCAGCUACAGACCACUCGUCAAGAGCUGUCACAUGCGCUCUAUCAGCACGAUGCUGCUUGUCGUGUCAUUGCUCGUCUUACCAAGGAGGUGACAGCAGCUCGUGAAGCUCUGGCAACUCUGAAGCCUCAGGCUGGUAUCUCUAUACCUCAGGCCAACCCGACCCCACAAGCUGGUGGAGCAGGUGCUGGGGAGGCCAUGGAUCUUGGAGAAUUGGUUGGAAUGUCUGCAGAGAUCAUCCAAAAGCUUCAAGACAAAGCAACUGUCCUCACCACGGAGCGUAAGAAGCGUGGUAAGACCGUUCCGGAGGAUCUGGUAAAACCAGAAGAACUCAGCAAAUACCACCAGGUCUCUUCUCAUGUGGGUCUCCACAGUGCGAGUGUUCCUGGCAUCUUGGCUCUGGAUUUGUGUCCCACAGAUACCAACAAAACUCUCACUGGUGGGGCAGAUAAAAGUGUUGUGGUGUUUGAUGCCCACUCGCAGCAGAUUCUUGCCACUCUUAAAGGUCAUACUAAGAAGGUCACAAGUGUUGUUUUUCACCCAUCACAAGAAUUGGUGUUUUCUGCUUCUCCAGACACCACAAUACGAGUCUGGUCUGUUCCUGAAGCCACUUGUACUCAGGUGCUGAGAGCUCAUGAAGGGGCAGUGACUGGUCUAAGUCUUCAUGCUACUGGAGAUUAUCUGUUGAGCUGCUCAGAUGAUCAGUACUGGGCAUUCUCUGAUGUCCAUGUUGGACGAAUUCUCACCAAAGUUACUGAUGAGACAUCUGGCUGCGCUCUCACGUGUGCUCAAUUCCACCCUGAUGGUCUAAUUUUUGGCACUGGUACCAUGGAUUCACAAAUUAAGAUCUGGGAUCUAAAGGAACGUUCUAACGUAGCUAAUUUCCCUGGGCACUCUGGUCCUGUCUCAUGUAUAGCAUUUUCAGAGAAUGGGUAUUAUCUGGCAACUGCAGCUGAUGACUCUAGCGUCAAACUUUGGGAUUUGCGGAAACUGAAAAACUUCAAGACCCUGCAGUUGGAUGAAGGAUACCAAGUGCAUUCUCUGGUAUUUGAUCAGAGUGGUACAUACCUGGGUGUUGGAGGAACAGACAUACAGGUUUACAUUUGCAAGCAGUGGGCUGAGAUUCUUCAUUUUACAGAACACAGUGCUCUUACAACCGGCUUAGCUUUUGGCCAAAAUGCAAAGUUCUUGGCGUCUACAGGAAUGGAUCGAAGUUUGCGCUUCUACAGCCUUUGAGCUAUAAAUGUAUCUAUAGCACAUGGUUCUUGUUGCCAUGUGACUCCCACACUUGUGACACAGCUCGUGUAACCUGCUUAUAACUUGUGACUUGUGUAACACGCUUACAACGUGCGUGUGCUGCAACAUAGCUGCAGGAGCUAUUUGUGAAAUAUUGGGAGUGUAGCAUUUGUGUCCAGCAAUCGCUCUACAGCCACUCAACACACUCGCAACGUGAAACCAUUCUUAAGUCUCCUCUUUACAUGAAUGCACGUGAAGCUGUCAGAGUAACGCUCUAUUCUUGCCGUGUGGUUCCAAACAUGUACAUUGCAGGUGUGUAGCAUGUUCAGUAGUUUAAUCACCGGGGUUAACAUUUCCCCUGCAAGAAACCCAGUGAAUAUUGUUGAGCGCCUCCAUACCUGAAACAAACCUUUCCCUUUAACAUCUUAUUUGCUUGAGUGAAAUCUCAAUCUUCUCUCCAGUUUUUCAUUAUCCUUAAACUUUUUCCUCCUUUUUUUUUUUUUUUUUUUUAAACAAAACCUCCUCUUUGUCAGAUCUUGUACUUAAAGGAAUUUUAUUUUUUUAGCCUACCCUGUUCUUUUCUCAAAUUUUCAGCCAUCUCUUUCAUUACUAUCUCUUCAUAUUUUCUUCUCUAACUAAUCUUACUUUCUGCAGUUUGUAAUGUUUAUUUUUGGUAUUUUGUAUUUCUUAGUAAUAAAAAAUGAUUUACAAAA